GGUACAGAGCCCACGCGUUAAUAGACCCUUUUCAUGCUCUUCCUUCCUUUCAGAUAUGCGACAAGGAGUGGCAUUACUACGUCAUCAACGUGGAGUUCCCGGUGGUGGCGCUCUAUGUGGACGGAGUCACCUACGAUCCCUACCUGGUGACGGAUGACUGGCCCAUCCAUCCAUCGCAGAUUGAUGUGCAGCUCACAGUUGGUGCCUGCUGGCAAGGUGGAGAAGUUACCAAGCCCCGGUUCACUCAGUACUUCCGGGGAAGCUUAUCUGGACUGACCAUCCGACCGGGGAAGAUCGAGAGUCAGAAAGUCAUUUCCUGUCUGCAGGCCUGCAAAGAGGGACUGGACAUUAACUCCCUGGAGAGCUUGGAUAAGAGUAUAAAGUUCCACUUCAAUCCAGCUCAGUCCAUUCUGGUGAUGGAGGGAGAGAAUCUGGAGAACAUUAACACAGCUGUGAGGAAAGUUUCCUACAUAAACUCCCGCCAGUUUCCCACACCGGGCAUUCGCCGCCUGCAGAUCUCCACCACCGUCCAGUGUUUUGGUGAAGACACAUGUAUCACCAUCCCCAUCAUCGAGGCGGUGGUGAUGGUGCUGCAGCCCAGUGAGCCCAGGAUCACCAUCAGUGGGGUGGAGAGACUCAGCCAGUCAGCCUCAGAUUUCAGAGCGGCGGGAGGCGUCUCUCUAUUUCAGGACCUCCACAUUAUCAGCACAGUCACCAGGGCAGACACCGCCCCCCGUCACACAGCUCAUCAACCCGGCGUCCUGGAGGAGAUCAUCCAUAACUUGGACUACUGCGAUAUUCUUGUGUUGGGGGAGGAGCUAAACCCAAAGCAAGAAUCCCUCCAGCUGCAACUGAGCUCGCUUCUGGGAAAACACCUUGACGCAACCAACUCCACGUCCGGCAUGUCCAUAUAUGGCGUGGACUCCAUGACAAACUACGAGCAGGUGAUCAGAAAGGUACAUUACUACCACCUGCAGCCCGGACAGCUGACGGAGAGGAGGUUUCGCCUGACCUGCUCAGAGCUCAACGGCCGCUACACCAGCAACGAGUUUACCCUUGAGGUGAGCGUCUGGCACAGCUCAGAAACAGAGGAACACAUCAGUCACAUGGUGGCCCCACCUCAGUACAUGCAGGUGGUCCACCACCCAUCCAUGAUCAGCGACCUUUACCCCAACCAUGCUUCAGGUGUUCCGAGCGCCGCCACGGUGGUGAUCGUCAUGUGCAUCGCCGCCCUGGUGGUGGUGGUGGUGCUGGGCAUAUACCGCAUCCACGUGACCCACCAGCAGGAGGUGAAGCAGGGGGAAACGGCGAAGGAGGCAGACACAAACUGGGACGACUCGGCUCUGACGAUUACAGUCAACCCCAUGGAGAACCACACUGCAGGGGAGGAAGAGGCCAGCGAGGAGGAGGAAGAGGACGAAGAGGAGGAGGAAGAUGAUGAGGAUGAAGAGGACGAAGAAGUCACCAGCGAUGAAUCAGAUGACAGCGAGGAGGAAGUGGACGUCCAGCUACCCAGGAUGCAACGCUCGAGUGAGAAGCCCCAAAGAUGGGACAAACCAACAAUAUGCUAUUGAAAACACACAUUCACACACUCAUUCGCUCACUCCCACACACACACACACACACACACGCACACACACGCAUUCUGUAAAACAUCCUCGCUGAAAUCCCACAUGAGAUGGCUAUAAACAACAAAAAGGGACUUCUCGUGCUUGAAAAAUAAAGUAUUGUUGCCCCCUAGUGGAAGAUUGUAUGAAAACACAAACAAAUGCAGAUCAGAGAAACAAUGGGGCGCUAGAACUGCUUCUCAAACAACAAAGCUCCACAAAUCUGGGUCAUUCUCGGAGAGAUGAUAGCUCUCCCUCAUUUCUACUGUCUUCUGUGAGAACAAGUUGUAAGAAACCCAUUUUUUGUCGACUCGGUCCCAUCUAUCCAGUUUGAUGUGUAAAAUUCCACAGUAAGAUUUCUGAUGUCCCCACAUUAAAAAUGCAAAACAGCCUUUAUUUAAGAAAAAAAAAAAAAAAGAGUCGCAAAAGUAAAGAAAAUGAGACUAUUUUUUGUUUUGUAUACUUAUUAUUUAUCUGUCUUUAUUCUAGCCAAUAUGGCAAAGCCAGGUGAUUUUACAGAAGAAGCAUAUUUUCAAUGGUAUUUUAAAAAAACAAAG